GGUACCAACGCUGCCGCAUCCCCGCCGAGCUCCCCGCACCCGCUGUCCGCCCACCGCGCGGCUCCCGCUCAGCGGCCCGGAGGCAGCCCCUGGCGAGGCCUGAGAGGUCCAGCCCGGAGCACAGCUCGGUCCAGUCGAGGCGGCGGCGGCGGCGGCGGGCGCAGAGCGGAGAUGCGGCUGCUCGGGGGCACCCUGCUGUGCCUGCUGCUGGCGGCGGCGGUCCCCACGGCCCCCGCGCCGGCUCCGACAGUGACCUCGGCUGCGUUCGAGCCCGGCCCGGCUCUCAGCUACCCGCAGGAGGAGGCCACCCUCAACGAGAUGUUCCGCGAGGUGGAGGAACUGAUGGAGGACACGCAGCACAAACUGCGCAGCGCGGUGGAGGAGAUGGAGGCAGAAGAGGCUGCUGCUAAAACGUCAUCAGAAAUGAACCUGGCACACUUACCUCCCAGCUAUCACAAUGAGACCAACACGGAAACCAAGAUUGGAAAUAACACCAUCCACGUCCAUCGAGAAAUUCACAAGAUCACCAACAACCAGACUGGACAGAUGGUCUUUUCAGAGACAGUCAUUACGUCGAUGGGAGAUGAAGAAGGCAAAAGGAGCCACGAGUGCAUCAUUGAUGAGGACUGCGGGCCCGGCAGGUACUGCCAAUUUGCCAGCUUCGAGUACUCCUGCCAGCAGUGCCGGGACCAGCAGACACUCUGCACCCGGGACAGCGAGUGCUGUGGAGACCAGCUGUGCGUCUGGGGUCACUGCACCAAAACGGCCACCAAAGGCGGCAACGGAACCAUCUGUGACAACCAGAGGGACUGCCAGCCGGGGCUGUGCUGUGCCUUCCAGAGAGGUCUACUGUUUCCUGUGUGCACACCCCUGCCUGUUGAGGGUGAGCUCUGCCAUGACCCCGCCAGCCGGCUUCUGGACCUCAUCACCUGGGAGCUAGAGCCUGAUGGAGCCUUGGACCGAUGCCCAUGUGCCAGUGGCCUCCUUUGCCAGCCUCAUAGCCACAGCCUGGUGUACGUGUGCAAGCCCACCUUCGUCGGGGUGCGCGAUGAGGAUGGAGAGAGCCUGGUGCCCAGAGAGGCCCCCAACGACUACGAAGACGGCGGCUUCAUGGAGGAGGUGCGCCGGGAGCUGGAGAACCUGGAGAGGAGCCUGUCAGUGGAAAUGGCUCUUGGGGAGCCCGGGGCCGCCUCUGAGCUGCUAGAGGGAGAGGAGAUUUAGACUCAGGCCUGUUCUGUGGGUAGAUGUGCAAUAGAAGUAGCUAAUUUAUUUCCCCAGCUGUGUCCCUAGGUGUGGGCUCACCAGGCUUUUCUCUGUGGCCUCUUCCCAGUACCUCUUUCCUCUGGCUUGAAACAACAUGAGGGGCUGCACCCUUGCCAGCACCACCCUGCCCCCACCAUGCAUCACACUUCUGGUGCCUGGGGAAGACCAGGGUGUGGGAGGCUGAAGGCAGAACAGGGCUGCCAGACUGGUCCAAAGUAUUGGCUGCUUUGCCUCUGCUGGUUGACACGUGGCACGUUUAUUUUGUACGACAUUGCCUUGAGAGCUGUUGGAGAGGAGGGGAUGGAGAGGAAUGCAGAAUUACCCUACAGUGGGUUUUGGGGAAAUGCUGACCCUCGAACACGUGGAGAAGAAUGCCCUGCUUUGCAAACGUAAACCUGCGAAAAUGCAACAAGUGAAUUUUUCCUGCCGUCCUCCCUGUGGGCACAGGCGAGCACUGCCCUCCGCUGCUGCAGGUGAAGUGCUCUGCUCACUCCGCGUUGCCUGCUUUCAUCCUCUCGGCAGUGUUACUCAGCUCCUGCCUCUGCGCCCGGGCAGCAGUUUCACAUCCUCUCUCCACAGCCUGGUGCAGGGGGCGUUGGUCUCACCAUCUGUCAGGAUCUCGGAGGCUCAGAGAUGUCAAGUUACUAGCUCCAGUCACACAGCUAGUGAAGACCAGAGCAGGAUGUCACCUGGCUGUGAUUCCAAGCCCAGUGCUCCCCACCAGCCUCAGUGCAACCAAAAGUACCCCCUAUGAGGAAGAAGGAUGAGAUUUUUCUUUUUUUUGAAGCAUAUCUGGAACUACGGUCAAACUAGUUCACAUAUCCCUGUACGAUUAAACGUCUACUGUUAGAAAUACAGCAUUCUCCCCGGUGUGGGGUUGGCUGUCAUGCUAGUGGAGACAGCAGGUAUUGACACUGUCCCCUGUGGCAGUUGGGUACAUCAGUAACUUUGAAGGUACACAUGACUGGAGCAUAGUACAGAAGUUAACUUGCCAGAAAGAGUACUUAGGUAAUUGUAGGGCCAGGAUUAUAAAUGAAAUUUGCAAAAUCACUUACCAGCAACUGAAGACCAUUAUCAACCACAUGGAGAAAAUCAAACCAAGCAAGGCUCUAUGAAAUAUGGUUGUAAUAUCCAAGCUGAGAGCACUGAAUUGUAUGCUGUCCCAUAAAUGAUAUUUUCAGGUAUCAUGGACUGUUUCCAUCAUGUAUUCAGAGUUAUUAAAUGUUAAAGUCACACACAAUUGUAUAAGCAUGCUUUCUUUGAGUUUUAAAUUAUGUAUAAACACAUAUGUUGCAUUUAGAAAUCAAGCAUAAAUCACUUAAACUAC